AUGGUGUGUCUUCCGCGCGUUUGCGGUCCCCCACAAGUGACACAUUCUUACAAUUCAAAGCUUCCUCUAGGUCUUCUCAAUGCGUCGCAAGGCCAUCCGAUGCUCGUCGAGCUAAAGAACGGAGAAACCCUCAAUGGUCACCUGGUCAACUGCGACAGUUGGAUGAAUCUUACCCUCAAAGAAGUCGUUCAGACCAGUCCCGAAGGAGACAGAUUCUUCAGACUACCUGAAGUUUAUGUUAGAGGAAAUAAUAUCAAAUUUCUCAGAGUUCCAGAAGAAGUUGUCGAGAUAGCUAGAGAUCAGCAGCAGCAAAACCAACCGUCAACUCGUGGGCGUGGCGGUGCACAACAAUCCCGUGGUGAUAUGGGACGAGGAGAACGCGGCAGAGGCGGAGGUCGUGGUGGAAGAGGCCGAGGAAGAGGGAGAGGAGGAUGAUAU